AUGCGGUUUCAAUUCAUAAAAUCAUUUAAACAAACCCUUUCAAAAAUAUUCCAAAUCCCUAUUCCCAAAUAUCGAACAGAACCACCAGCACACAUACCAUCAACAUUUCAUCUUCCUCUACCGCAAAUCCAAAACGAAAGUCUAAAACUCGCAGCGUUAUUACAUCCGAGCUAUCCGGAUCACGGACAAAAAAUCAAAAACUCAUUACCCACAAAUUUUUACAGAUUGGCAUUUAGAGGUGACGCCGCAUUGAAUUAUAACGUGGCAAAGUAUCUACUUCGGGAAUUUCCGGAAGCACAACAAGGCAGGUUAACCGAAUUACGAGCAGAAAUUGUUAGUCGUAAAAAUUUGGCAGAAUAUUGUCGUCGUACGGGACUUGAUGAAUGUAUUUUGAUUCAGGAGGGGCCCGGGAAAUUGAGGAACAAUGAGUCGGUUCUUGCUGAGUCUAUGGAAGCCUAUAUUGGUGCGUUGGAUUUGGAGUUGAUCGAACGUGAAAAACGACGUGAAAAAAGUGCAAUUGAUGAAAUUACGCAGCAGCAAAGAAUGUCACAGGAAAUAUUUGACGAAAGUUUCACCACUCUGGUCAAUAUGACAGAACAGCUGUCAAUUGAAAAACAAUCAGAAAAUGAUUUUCCAAGAAACAUCACAUCACAAGUACUCGGGAACCUAGUGGAAUCUAUUCGUCAUCAAGAUCCCACUAUUCGAUCAAGAAUAGAAGCAGUAGUCAAUAAUAAAAAAUCAUCAUCUUCUACAACAACAAUAAAAUCAAAAAGACAUCCAAGACUAUUACGACGCUUUGAUGCAACAAUGACUCAAAUACGAAUUAGUAUCUGCGAGAAUUUCAAGUUCUUUUAUCAUGUUCGAUUGAAUAGGAGUUAUUGCACAAAUACUGAAUUCAAUUUAAGAAUUGUGGCAUACGAGUUGUUGGCGUUGAAGCAGCCGAAUGUCCCUGUUUCGGCUACUGUGUUGAAAGAUAUGGAAAAUACUAUUGGUAAAUAA